AAUAAUUUGCAACUGCCGCAGGGUGACCCGAGGCUUGGCCUUGGAGAGGAUGCUUUGCUUGGUGAAGGGCCAUUUAAUAACCCUCAAUUGCAGGCUACAUGGCCUCCGAUUGUUCUCGAACAGGCACAGCAUGUAGGAUUUAUGGCAUUAAAGCGAACCAUGGAACUAGCAGCUCCGAAGCAAAAAGACAUUGCUAUCCAUCAAGGCCCCUAAGAACCCUUUUUACAGUUUGUAGAAAAAAUAUCUGCCGCACUUGAAAAACAGGUAGAAGAUGAGGUGUUAAGACAAAUGCUGUGCAAACAGUUAGCAAAAGAUAAUGCUAAUGAGGACUGUCAAAAGAUAAUACAGGCUUUACCAGGAGAUCCUUCUAUUCCCGACAUGGUGGCCGCAUGCUCUAAAGUUGGGACAGUGGAACAUAAGGCGGCCGUCCAGUCAGCAGCGCAAGUGGCCGCCCUAGCUACUCCUAUGAAUAUGAAAAAUUCGGGCAAAUGCUUUGGGUGUGGCAGAGAAGGGCACAUAAAGGCAGCUUGUCUAAACAGAACAUCACCAGGUCAAAUUUGCGCACUGGUUUCAACCCCCUACCCACCAGUAACAAUCCCAAAAGGUACUCACAUUGCUCAACUUAUUCCUUUUUCGAGUUGUGUUUCAAAAGCAGAACAGCGCCUGCGAUGCGAUGGAGGCUUCGGCUCUACGGGACCCCCUCAAGUCUGCUGGUCUCAGGCUGUUUCCUCAUCCUGACCACAUAUGACGUGCACGCUGUUGAAUCACGGAAGAUCGCCGACCACAGUAAGGCUUGCGGGGCUCCUGGACACGGGAGCUGAUGUGACUGUUAUUGCUGAUUAUCUGUGGCCAUCCACCUGGCCAACAGAGGAUGUGGGUAUAGGGGUAGUGGGGCUGGGAGGAUCCGCACGAGCAAAGAUGGCAGCCACAGCAGUUCUGAUUACCAAUCCUGAGGGCCAACAAGCAGUCAUUAAACCAUAUGUGACGGCAGCUGCCCUCAAUUUAUGGGGGAGGGAUUGCUUGUUGCAAUGGGGGGGUGAGAAU